UUGUACACAUGUGGGGACCAAUGUUGAUUUGCUCAACGCUGGAUAAGUGAGAGAGCAACGCUAUAUUUUAUAGUUUAGACAAGAACCUACAGCCAUGUCUUCUUCCUUCUUCAUAAAGAAAAAAGAAAACCCGAAGUUUUCCAAAAAGGGAAGCAAACCAACAGUGUCAAAACGAAAGAACGAUGGAGACUCGGGGACUACGAAGAAACGAGUUAAGAAACUAAACUCAAGAUACAACGAGGAGAUAUCCAGUGACUCCGAGACAGAGGGCCCUACAUCACACAAGAAAAGGCAGGAGGAUGAGGAGGAAGUGUAUGAAGAAACGCCACAGGAGAAGAAGCUCAGAUUAGCUAAACUUUACCUUGAACAACUGCGAGAGGAAGAGGAAAAGAAAGCAGAGGAAGAGACGUUUGAGGAUGACCUGGUUGCUGGAAGACUUCAGGAUGAAGUUCUUGAGCAGAAGGGAAAGCUACAGCGACUUAUUGCCAAAGAUCUCCUGCCACCAGAGACUUCUGAGAUACGCUUAUUGAGGGGGCAUAAACUGCCAGUUACCUGUGUGGUCAUCUCCCCUGAUGACAAGAAUAUUUUUUCUGCUGGCAAAGACUGCUCUGUUAUUAAAUGGGAUGUUGUGAAUGGUAAGAAACUGCACACAAUAGCUGGAGGAAGAAGAGGUACUGAGGCUCGCCAUGUGGGACACACAGCUCAUGUUCUUUGCAUGGCCAUAUCAUCAGAUGGCAAGUACCUGGCUACCGGUGACAUGAAUAAACUGAUCAUGAUCUGGGAGGCAGAAAUAUGUAAACAUCUGUAUAGAUUCACAGGACAUAAAGGCCCUGUGUCGGGUCUUUCCUUCAGGAAGGGAACUCAUGAUCUUUAUAGCGCUUCUCAUGAUCGGUCCAUCAAAGUAUGGAAUGUGGAUGAGAAUGCCUAUGUGGAGACACUGUUUGGUCAUCAGGAUGUGAUCACUGGACUGGAUAGUCUGAGCCGUCAGUGCUGUGUGACUGCAGGAGGCAGGGAUGGGACUGUGAGGGUUUGGAAGAUAGCCGAAGAAUCUCAGCUGGUGUUCCACGGCCACGAGGGUUCAAUUGACUGCAUCCAGCUGAUCAACGAGGAGCAUAUGGUAACAGGAGCCGACGAUGGCUCUGUGUCUGUCUGGAGUGUAAACAAGAAGAAGCCCUUGACCACGGUGAAAAUGGCCCAUGGUUGUCAUGGCAAUGCUGGGAUGGAGCAGCCUCACUGGAUCACCUCGGUCGCAGGGCUUCAGAACUCCGACACCAUCGCCUCAGGUGCCUCUGGCUGUUCUGGUAACUCUACUGUACAGCUGUGGAAGUGUGGCCGUGGUUUCCGUGGACUGGAACGGCUUUUCACUGUGCCAGUGACGGGAUUCAUCAACAGCCUGAAGUUUUCAAACUCUGGCAACUUCCUGGUGGCAGGAGUGGGACAAGAGCACAGGCUGGGCCGAUGGUGGAGGCUAAAAGAGGCGAAGAACGGGCUUUAUAUCAUUCCCCUGAAAAGACAAAGUCCGCAGCAAGAAGAGCCAAACAUAGCAGAGUAGUGUAUGUACGAUGUUUACGUAUUUUCUUUUGUAAAUAAAAUUCCUUG